GUAUAUGACCUUGCGACCGGCGUGGAGACGCGUCCUGCCGCUCUGAUCGGCACCACGAAGGAUGAGGUCCUUCGAAAGUGCAUCAUCUCUCCCAAGGAGCACUUGGCUGCCUUUGCCGGCCGAGAAGGUUGCGUGUACCUGGUCGAUCUUCGAGUGAGUUUUAUCGGCUCUGCGCGAAACUAA